UCGAGAACGUUAUCGAACAGGUUUGUCCAAUUUUUCCCACACACCCUGUACAAAAUGUUUCACCACCUUUACCUCACCACCUUCUCAACGUACCUAAUCGUCAUCCUAUUUAUUGCGCUAAUUCUCAUCCUAAUCGAACUGAACAAGAAACCGUCGACGACGAGCACGGACCUGCCGGAACCUCCAAGUCCGAGAUCGCUGCCGAUCAUCGGCCACCUUCACCUUCUCGGCGGAUACGCCGUUCCCUACCAGGCGUUUACGAAUCUCGCGAAGAAGUACGGCAACGUCAUCAAACUGAAACUGGGGAACGUAAACAGUGUUGUGAUUAACGGACAGGAGAACAUUCGCGAAGUUCUCGUCUCGAAAGGCCACCACUUCGACAGCCGCCCCAACUUCGAGCGAUACCAGCAGCUCUUCGGCGGCGACAAGCAGAACUCUUUGGCCUUCUGCGACUGGAGCGAAACGCAAAAGGUCCGCCGCGAAAUGCUCAAGACCCACACCUUUCCGCGGGCCUGCUCCAACAAGUUCUCCGCGCUCGAGGACAUCAUCUCCAACGAGACAUCGAGCCUGGUAACGCGCCUCGCGAACGGACCACGCGAGACCAAAAACGAAAUACUGUACAGCUGCGCCAACAUCUUCACCAAGCACUUCUGCUCCAAGAGCUUCCCCGUGGACGACCCGGGGUUCGCGCGCAUGAUCGAGAAUUUCGACGACAUCUUCUACGAGGUCAACCAAGGCUACGCGGCCGACUUUUUACCGUUUCUACUGCCGUUGCACUACAACCGCUUGGAGAAGAUGAGCGAGCUGGCGCACGAGAUUCGCCACUUCCUGAUCGAUGACGUCAUCGAUGGACGUUACGAGAGCUACGCCGACGAGGAACCGAGCGAUUACGUCGAGAGCCUCAUACAGCACGUGAGGAACGAGGAAUCAUCGUGUAUGAGUUGGGAGAACGCGCUCUUCGCCUUGGAGGACAUCAUCGGCGGGCAUUCCGCCGUUGGUAACUUUGUAAUGAAGCUGCUCGGGUACCUGGUGACCCGGCCGGAGGUGCAAGCGGAAAUACAACGCGAGAUCGACGGGUGCGCCGGAAGCGAACGGAGGCCGAUUUCCAUUUCCGACCGUGGCUCAAUGCCGUACACCGAGGCCGCAGUCUUCGAGGCCAUCCGCCUGAUUGCGUCACCGAUCGUUCCAAGAGCGGCCAACCAAGACACGUCAAUUAACGGUUACAGGAUAUCGAAAGGGACCCUCGUGUUCCUCAACAACCACGACUUGAGCAUGUCGGAAAAACUGUGGGAAGAACCUGACGCAUUCAAACCCGAAAGGUUUAUCGUAAACAAUCGCAUCAUCAAACCCGAGCACUUCCUCCCGUUCGGCGGCGGACGGCGGAGCUGCAUGGGAUUCAAAAUGGUCCAGCUGAUCAGUUUCGGCAUCGUGAGCGGCUUACUGCAAAACUUCACAAUCGCCCCGGUCGACGGUCAAACCUACAAAAUUCCGGUCGGUUCCUUGGCACUGCCGAGGUCGACAUUCCGUUUCGAAUUCGUGAGCCGAUAAUUCGAAAGGGCACUUUAGGCGUAUCAACCAAAACUAAUUAAAUAAGGACAAUAUGUGAUAAUAAUUUUAAGACACGCUAAUAAAUUGUUAUUCGGUUGUUAACAAAUUGUUACAAAGGGACCAAA